CGCCACAAACAACGUGUUUUACGUAAAGCUUUAACUGAUAGGUAUUCCAACAAGUUUGAAUAUGCUCUAGGUGAAUUAGUUAUGGUUAAAAAUGUCAAGAAAACCAAAUUUGAUGUUUUUAGUAACGGUCCUUUUUUGAUUUCCAAAGUUUUAGGUAAACAUACUUAUGAAAUUAGUACAUUAUCCCAUAGAGUUUUAGGUACUUAUGAUGUUAAUAGGAUAUUUCCUGCUUAUCAAGUCCUUGGUUCACCAAUUCGGUCUUAUUCUGAUAUCUCCAAA